CGGCCGCUCUCAGUCUUCUCUCAGAAUGGCGUAUGGACUAACUUAACUCGGUCCAAUGAGCCAAUUUUGCACCAAACCAAACCACUCUCGAACGUGAAAAUCGCAGUCAAAUAGUAUUGCGCGCGAUAGCACGGACAUAGCACGGAAUAAAACCAUGUUCACGGUUCGACAUAGCGUAUACGUAUCGACAAGUCCCUCGUGGAUAUCGCCAUGUAGGUGCCAAUGUGUACCACCCGUGGACAUGCGCUAGCUUACGGUGCGGAAAAGCGAUCGUAAGAACUCUUAUGGGCCUUGGCCGCUCUCAUUCUUUUCUCUCUGGUGAUAUGUUUGACUUUACUGGAUGUAUCUGCAAGCAAUAAAGAAAUAGUUUACAAGACAAUUCAUUUCGACGAGUUUUUCACGAUUCAUACGUGAUAAACGAAGAGUAUUUAGGUUUAUUUCACAUAUAUGCACAUAAAUAUUUCUUUCUUUCUCUCUCUCUCUCUCUCUCUCUGCUGCACACGCCACGCCGUGCAUGCCAAUGCGUGAACAACACGAGGUAAAUUAGAGUCGAGCAGAGUAUAAAGCGGUAUAAUCGUGGCGUGCGAGCGAGACAGCGAAUUGACGCACGUAACGUGCGAAAGAAGGAACGCGAGAGAGGGACGGCGAUAACAGAGUCCGCGAUGUGGGAUAGUUGCGAUGAGAGCGAGUGCAGCGAAUUGAAUUCAGCAAGAAAGACGAUUGAUCGAGCAAGGUCCGAGAUGUUCGAGCCUACGGAGCAGGGAAAGGAUCUCUGUAUUCACACGGGUGUUGUGCUUCGUGGAGCAAAUGCCAGAGAAGAUGAAGUUCAUAGUUUAGGAACACUUAAUAUUGUGGAAUAUAGUUUUGGCAAAUGUAUAGAAUGGAGACCAGUAGAAGACUCUGUGGUAUCAGAGUGUCAAGAUCAAGAUCCAGAAUGGUCACUAGUAGACACACAUACAAGAAGAACUCGUACAAACUCAGAAGGUCCAGACUCCCUUGGACAUACAAGAACUGUCAGGAUAUUGUUUUCUGAUUUAAAGUCAUUACGUGUAAAUCACAGUGGGCAGCAAAUAAUAUUUUUGCAGAGAGAUGGUACCACCUAUGUUGCCUUCUUUCAGCUGUCUAAUGCUGAAAGUUUUGUUAAUUCUUUGAAAGGAUUUAUUAAAUUUGACAAAUCACGUAUGGACAAGAACUUGUAUGUUGUUAUGAAUGAAGUUGAAACUGUAUUGCAAAAAUCAUUUGCCGAGUUGGAUUUGUUUCAAGAGAACACUUCGGAUUAUGUAUGGAGGUUUGUGAAGAAUUUGCACAAUCAUCCUUAUGAAACAACAAUGGAAGCAUUCAGUAAACUUGCUGAUAUCUGGUUGUAUAAAGAGCAACCAGUGAAACGAUCAGUCGAAGAAGCAGUCUAUGACUUGAUGAAUCAGUCAAAUAUGAUUGAUCCUCCUCCACGUGUUUCUGUGUCCGUAGGAUCUGGCGAUGAAUAUGAAAUGAUUGGAGUCGGAGUAGAUUUACCUCCGCGACCGCCAUGUCCGCGCGGCGCACCAUUAACACAAGAACAGUGGGAAAAAAGUAAAGAUUCAGAAGGAAGAAUCAUUAAUUCAGAAGCUAUAAAAGAAAUCAUCUUUCGAGGAGGUAUUUGUCCAUCAUUGCGUUUUGAAGUGUGGAAAUUUUUAUUAAAUUACUAUCCAUGGAAUUCGACACAUAACGAAAGAUUAGAAAUAAAGAGGAAAAAGACUGAUGAAUAUUUUGCGAUGAAAUUACAAUGGCGUACGUUCACAUCUGCGCAAGAGAGUCGAUUUUCGGAUUAUAGGGAACGAAAAAGUUUGAUAGAGAAGGAUGUUAAUAGGACAGACAGAACACAUCCUUAUUACGCUGGAGAUAACAAUCCUCAUUUGGAACAGUUAUAUGACAUACUCAUGACAUAUGUAAUGUACAAUUUCGAUUUAGGAUACGUUCAGGGUAUGAGCGAUCUUCUUAGUCCUAUAUUGUUUUUAAUGGAUAAUGAAGUUGAUGCGUUUUGGUGUUUUGUUGGAUUCAUGGAUAGAGUGAGCACUAAUUUUGAAAUGGAUCAGAAAGGCAUGAAGGAACAAUUAUGUCAAUUACAUACUUUAUUGUCCACUACUGAACCGCAAUUAGCGUAUUAUCUAAACAGACACGACUCUGGCAACAUGUUCUUUUGCUUUCGAUGGUUGCUGGUACUUUUUAAGCGUGAAUUUAGCGCGAUCGAUAUAUUAAAAUUAUGGGAGAUACUUUGGACGGAUUUACCUUGCAAAAAUUUUCAUUUGCUUAUAUGUGCAGCUAUUUUAGACACGGAAAAGAAUCUAUUAAUAGAAAACAAUUUUGGAUUUACGGAAAUUCUGAAGCAUAUAAACGACUUAUCGCUUAAUAUUGAGUUACCUUGGACAAUAUCCAAAGCGGAAGGUAUUUACUAUCAGCUUAUCAUGGCUGAUCAGAUUCCUGAUGAUGUACGCGUUAUUAUUGGACUGGAACCGUUGCAUAAGAAAUCAACGAAUGAAAAUAGCGAUAAUGCAUCUGGUAAUACAUCUCCUAAUGAAGUUCGCGCCAACUCAAGAAGGAAUAGUUCAGGCAGUGCUAGUGUUAAAUUAGGUGACGACGAAGUAUCAUUUGAACGUGGAUUGAAUAUGUCAUAUAUAUGAGGUCACGAUUGGACUUUCAUAAUGAGUCAUUGAUAAAGAAAAAUGACUGAAAGUCUAAUUUUCUUCAAAUGAAGAAAAUUUGUUGCAACUUUUGACAAGAGUAGGUCUUAUUAAGUUAAAAUUAUUGUUGACAAUUCCUACAAGAGUUUUAAGCUAGAUCGGAGCAACAAUAUUUUAAAGCGAUAUGAUAAAAGAAAUCUAAAUAAAUUUUUCAUCCAAUUAUUGAUGAAGUGAUUUCUUUUCGUUUUAAAUAUUGUGAUUGACUGAUUGUGAUUGAACUUAAAAUUCUAAGACAUAUAAGUGUAUUGGAAUACAUUCUGAGAAAUAACUAAUAUUAUAGUUGAAUUUUGAGAUAUUUAUAACUUAUUAUUGUGCAUAUAAAUAUGAGACUAUGAAGAUAAGAAAAAAAAAAAAAAAAAGAAAAAGGAAAGAAAUUAUACAUAUUUAGUAUUAUGUAUAUGUGUAAAAAUACACAUGAAUAUAUGUAAAGAUGUUUUAGUGAAAAGACACACUUUUUGUCAAGAACAUUAUUGCAACACAAUAUAGUAUGACUUUCAGAUGAAAAUAACAUUUCUGACCUCUCUUGACAAGUGUUAUAUAAGCAUAAUUUUCACCUAAUUUAAAGGCUCUUUUUUUAGAUUUGUAUAAAGCCUCACAUUAACUGUAUAUUUCUAAUAAAAGCCACCUAUUUACUCUUUCA